UGAACUAUUUGCCAACCAACACAUGUCAGCGCCGGAUGGUAGAUGUGCUGUGAUGGUCCUAGUGUAGGUUAGUGAAUGCAAAGUUAUGCUUGGGACCAGCUUAAGGGAGGCAGCUGCUGCCUUACGACUUGGACAGCUGAGUCCUACAGAGCUGUGCCUGAAAUGCUUGUCUUUCAUCAGGGAAGCAUCAUUUCUUAAUGCUUAUAUUACCAUAACUGAAGAGAUUGCUCUUAAACAGGCUGCAGAAGCGGACAAACGUUUCAAAACAGGUAAACCCCUUGGGCCACUAGAUGGGAUUCCUAUUGCAAUUAAAGAUAACUUUAGCACUGCCAUCAUAGAGACAACAUGUGCAUCAAGAAUGCUGAAAGGUUAUAUUCCUCCGUAUAAUGCUACAGUUGUUCAGAAGCUUUAUGACCAAGGAGCUGUACUCAUGGGAAAAACUAAUCUUGAUGAAUUUGCUAUGGGAUCUGGGAGUACUGACAGUAUAUUUGGGCCAGUGAAAAAUCCAUGGACCUAUUCAAAACAAUACAAAGAGAAAAGAAGAGAGCAAUGUCCUGCUAUUGAUGGGGAUUCUGAUUGGGUGAUCACUGGAGGAAGUUCAGGAGGCAGCGCUGCUGCUGUGUCUGCUGGAACGUGCUUUGUGGCACUGGGGUCUGAUACAGGAGGUUCUACCCGGAACCCAGCAUCUCACUGUGGCAUAGUAGGUGUGAAACCAACGUAUGGCCUUGUUUCUCGCCAUGGACUUAUUCCCUUGGUAAACUCCAUGGAUGUACCCGGGAUUUUAGUUAGAUGUGUGGAUGAUGCUGCAACUGUGAUUGGUGUGCUGGCGGGACAUGAUCCACAAGACUCCACAACAAUCCAAGAUCCCUUUCAGUCAUUCACACUUCCAGAUGCAAUAGAUGUGACUAAUCUCUGUGUAGGAAUCCCAAAGGAAUACCAUGCUCCAGGCUUGUCUACAGAAACACUUUCCCUUUGGUCAAAGACUGCUGAUCUGUUGGAGAAUGCUGGAGCCAAGGUGGUUGAGGUUUCACUGCCUCACACACGCUAUUCAAUUGUUUGCUAUCAUGUCUUGUGCACAACAGAAGUAGCCUCAAAUAUGGCUCGAUUUGAUGGACUGGAAUACGGACAUCGCUCAGAUAUCCAAGAUUCAACAGAGGCCAUGUAUUCUGCAACCAGGCGAGAAGGUUUUAAUGAUGUCGUUAGAGGAAGGAUAUUAUCUGGAAACUUUUUCCUUCUGAAACAGAAUUAUGAGCAAUAUUUUGUGAAGGCUCAGAAGGUGCGACGUCUUAUAGCAGAUGACUUUGUGAAUGUUUUUCGAUCUGGUGUGGAUAUAUUACUUACUCCCACCACACUGGGAGAUGCAGCUAUUUACCAAGACUUUAUAAAAGAAGAUAACAGAACUCGCAGUGCUCAGGAGGAUGUUUUUACACAAUGUGCCAACAUGGCUGGUAUUCCUGCUAUUACCGUUCCUGCUGGUCUCUCCAGUAGAGGACUACCACUUGGCCUUCAGUUCAUUGGCCAAGCUUUCCGCGAACAACAACUCCUCACUGUUGCCAAAUGGUUUGAGAAGCAAAUGGACUUCUGCCCCUUAGUGUUUGAUAGGAAUCUAGAAAAUGGACAAAUAGUUCAAAUACAUAAUAAAUCUGUUGCUUCCUUGUAGACAAACAAAAGAGUAUGUUCAGAAUAUAAGAGCAACGUCACUUCCUGUUUGAAGAGUUUGAAGAGCUAUUUUGGGACACAUGCAGUUUGGCGGCCGUCUUGUUUCUGAUCUCCGGGAAUUAAUUUAGAGUGCUGGACCAAUAAACUAGAUUAGUAACUAA